CUCUUUAUCCACUUCCAAUCCAUACUUCCCAACUCUCCUCAUCCCUACUUGUUCCCUUACUUCUUUGCCUACUCCAUGGAAGAUUUCAUCAUGUCUCCUUCCUCUUCCUCUUCUCUUGUCUCUCAACCCCAAGACAACACACCACCAACACCACCCCUCGAGCAAAAGCUUCAAUUUCUACUCCAAAGCCAACCCGACUGGUGGGUCUACGCCAUUUUCUGGCAAACCACAACCAACACAAAUGGCAACCUCUCCUUAUCUUGGGGAGAAGGCCAUUUCCAAGGCAGCAAAGAAACUUCCCCAACAAGUACUACCCAAAAGAAAUUCAGCAUAGAUGACAGUGACAAGAGCGCAAACGGUGGCGACGCCGAGUGGUUCUACGUCAUGUCGUUGACUCGCACGUUCUCUGUUGGCAGCGCCUCCUCCUCCUCCCUCCCCGGCAAGGCUUUCGCUUUAGGCUCAGUCCUCUGGCUCAACAGCAAGCAUGAGCUUCAGUUCUACAACUGUGAGAGGUCACAUGAGGCGCACGUGCACGGCAUCCAAACCCUCAUCUGCAUCCCAACCACCAACGGCGUCAUCGAAAUGGGUUCCUACGACAACAUCAAACAAAAUUGGAGCCUCGUCAACCACGUCAAAUCCAUGUUCGGAGUAUCAUCAUCACAUUCGACACAUUCGAAUAUGAUGAUGUCGAAUGUGACAAUGAUACCCGAAGACAACAACAUUAACAAAGUUCAGAUCUUCAAUGAUGGCUGCAACCACAACAACAUCUCCUUCGUGGACACCGGCAUUUCUACCGGCGUCCGCGAAGGGAAACAAGAUGAUAGCGCAGUUAAAGGUGAUAGCGCAAUUAAAGGAUUCACACAAGAAGCCAGCAACAAAACCUUGGAACCCAAAGUUGCUUGUUAUGCAGAAUCAUCAGAUCAGUCUGACUCUGAUUGUGCAAUUUUGGCACCAGAGAAGAAAGAAACAAAGAAGAGAGGGAGGAAACCGUUGGCGGGGCGCGAAACGCCGAUUAACCACGUGGAGGCAGAGAGGCAGAGGAGGGAGAAGCUGAACCACCGGUUUUACGCGUUGAGAGCGGUGGUUCCGAAUGUUUCAAGGAUGGACAAGGCUUCUCUGCUCUCCGACGCGGUGGCUUACAUCAGCGAGCUGAAAGGGAAGAUUGAAGAGCUAGAGAAGAAGGGGAGGAGUAAUUUCAAGAAGGUGAAGAUGGAAAUGGCGGACACAAUGGACAACCAGAGUAGUACUACAGUGAUGACUACUUCCACUGUGGUGGACCAAAUGGGGUCGACUCAGGGUUCUGCGGUUGAUGUUGAUGUGAGGUUAAUAGGGCCUGAUGCCAUGGUGAGGGUACAAUCGGAGAAUGUGAACCACCCAGGUGCGAGGCUAAUGGGUGCUUUAAGGGAUUUGGAGUUUCAGGUCCACCAUGCUAGCAUGUCGAGUGUUAAUGAUCUUAUGGUUCAAGAUGUUGUUGUUAAGGUUCCUAAUGGGGUCAUGAGAAAUGAAGAGGGUCUUAAAUCUGCGAUUCUCAUGAGAUUGGGUCAGUAGUGACAGUGGCAACAUUAAUUAGCCAAAACUUCAUAAGCUAGCUGUUUUUUGUUCAUAUACUAGUUGUUUACCUAAGUCCUAAGCUACGUCCUAUGAUAAUUAAUUGCUUACAUUAGUUUUUUAUAUUAUCUUUGUUUUUAGUUCUUUAUUUUCGCAGUGCUUGAUGACAGCACAAGUGGUUCCAACCUGCAAUCAUGUAAUUACAUUAUUGGUCUGAGGAAUCUAAAUCAGCUUUUGUACUGAGGAA